AUGGGUACAUAUCUUAGUACUCGUAAUGUAUUUCAAUAUACACAAUCAUUGGUGACAUUUAUUUGUGGUAGUAUAUGUUUAUUUUUACUUGCAAUUCUAACAUAUAUAACAUUACGAAAACAUUUAUUACCAAUAUCACAUCUUGUUAUACCAAUGCCUCUUGGUUUUCCAUCAUCGUUUAAUCCAAAAGAUGAUUCUAUUUUUCUUAAAUCAUCAACAAAUUUUCCAUCAUAUCUUGUUAGUUAUAUUAAUUUAAGCGAUGCAAUGUAUGAUAGAUAUCCACUUGAUAUAUCAUCUCAUUCGUAUCGUGUUGAAGUUAAUUGUUAUGCACCACGUUCAUAUAGAAAUCGUCAACUUGGAUCAUUUUUUAUUCAAUUAAUAUUAAAUUCAACAUCAAAACAAAUAAUUAUUGAACAUUCACGUUUAAUUUUAUAUCCAUAUGAAUCAGAUAUGAUUCGUUUAAUACGAACAAUUAUUUUUUUACCACUAUCUAUAUUUCAUAUUGAUUAUGAUCGAUGGCAUUUAAAACAAAUUUUAAUUGAACGUUUAAAUAAUCAUGAAAAGUCAAAACGUUUUAUUGAAAUAAUUCAAUUAAAUAUUAUUCCAUCAACAUUUCAACUUGAUCAAUGUUCAAUACAUUUUAAUAUACGUGAUUUAACCGGUCUUGUUUAUUUCUUUAUAAAUUAUCCUAUAUUAACUGGAUGUUUUUCUAUAUGUGUUCUAUUUUCUAUAGAAAUAAAUGUUAAAAUGCAUGAACAUAAAUGUAAAGGUUGUUUAAUUGAUUCAACACAUGGAAAAUUACAAAAGAAAAAAGAUGCUUUACUUGAAUUUAUAUUUGUUGAAAAUGCAUUAUGUUUAACAGUUAGUGCACAAAAUGUGAAUAUAAUUACAUAUACAUUAAGUAAAGAUACAAUAUCAAACGUUAUAUAUCAUAAUGAUUUACUUGUUAUUAAUUUAAAAGCUAAAAAUCAAAUAAAAAUAUCAGCAAUAGGAAAAAAUAAAUUAAUUGAAUUAAAAAAUAUUCUUGAUGAUUUAUUACAUGAGGAUUUGAAUGAAUAUCAAAUACAUAUGGAAAAUUUUUGUAAUAAUUCAUUUAAUUCAAAUAAUAUAUCACGAAAUGGAUCAUCUAAAAUAAAUCAUAGUACAAAUUCAAUUCAUAAUGAUUCAAGUUUAUUAUCAGAUAUAACAAGUAAAAAACAACCAAAAAUGGAUAAAAUGAAACAUAUGAACCAAUUUUUGGAGAAUGAUGAAAAUUCACAACCGACUAUGUCAACUACAUCGAAAGUAAAUGACAAGAAAAAGAAUGCACUUUUGAGUGCUUCGAAUUUUUAUCCUCAUUCAGAAUAUGAUCAUCGUCAUAAUUCAAUUGAUGAAAAUACUGAUCAUACAACUCAACUUCAACAACAAUCACGAAAACGAACAAAUGAAAAUCAAUUUUCAAUAUCAUCAAUUCGUUUUCAGCAUGCAACAAAUACAACAUCACCUUAUUUCUAUCAUAAAACAGAUAACAAAUUAAAACGAAAUAUGUCCAAUGGUGAAUCACGAAUUAGUUCAUUAUCAAAUAUUUAUUCUAAACCACUUCAUAAUAAUACACGUUUUCGGAAUGAUGAUGAUGAUCAGGAUGAAGAAUAUUUAUAUGAUUGGCGUGAUUCACCAUAUCCAACAAAAAAACUUGAUAAUCAAUCAUCAGCUGAUAUAUCAUUAUCCACAGCAGUAACAACAACCAUGAAUUUACGAAAAAAAGGUUUAAAAAAUAUUGGUGCAACUUGCUAUAUGAAUGCUAUACUUCAGUGUUUAUUAAAUAUUGAUCCAUUUCGUUAUGAUUUAAUGGUUACAAAUUCUGAACUAAUAACAUCAUCAUUACUUGAAGAAAAUACAAUAUAUCUGUAA